AGCAGCAACAGCAGUAGCAGCAGCAGCCAGGACCAUUUACCACCCUACUCUUUAUCAUUACCUCUCCCUAUCCCUAGAUGAUAAGAUUUCUUGUCUUCUAAUUUUUUUUUUUUGGUCUUUUAAAUUUCUUUUUAACCACCACACCAUCACUUACUUACUGGUUCUGAGGCUGUUCAGUUUCCAGGAUGACAAUCAAACAUCAAGGCCAGCAGUACAGGCCAAGAAUGGCAUUCCUCAGAAAGAUUGAAUCCUUGGUGAAGGAGAUGCAGAACCCAGAGACUGGAAUCAGAAUGCAAAGCCAGAGGGUCAUGAUCACUAACAUCCCUCAUGCAAUGACAGGAAAUGAUAUCUUACAAUGGAUUUCCCAACGACUUUGGAUCGGCAACUUAGAGGCACAGAACUUGGGGAAUUUCAUUGUCAAGUAUGGCUACAUUUAUCCUCUGCAGGACCCCAAGAAUCUCAUCCUCAAACCUGAUAACAACAGUCUUUACCGAUUUCAGACACCCUAUUUCUGGCCUACUCAGCAGUGGUCAGCCGAAGACACGGACUAUGCCAUCUAUCUAGCCAAGAGAAAUAUCAAGAAGAAAGGAAUUUUAGAAGAAUACGAAAAGGAAAAUUACAGCUUUUUGAACAAAAAGAUUAACCAUAAAUGGGAUUUUGUCAUCAUGCAAGCCAAAGAGCAGUACAAAACUGGAAAGGAAAGGAAGAAAGCAGACAGGUAUGCCUUGGACUGUCAAGAAAAAGCUUAUUGGCUGGUCCACCGAUGUCCUCCAGGAACAGACAACAUCCUUGACUAUGGCUUAAAUCGAGUGACCAAUCCAAAUGAAGUUAAGAAAACAACGAUUUCCUUGGUCAGAAAAGAGAUCAUGUACUACCAACAGGCUUUAAUGAGGUCUACUGUGAAAUCAUCAGUCUCCAUUGGAGGAAUUGUGAAGUACAGUGAACAGUUCUCUUCCAAUGAUCCUAUCAUGUCCGGAUGUCUCCCUAGCAACCCCUGGAUAACGGAUGAUACCCAGUUCUGGGAGCUAAAUGCCAAAUUGGUGGACAUCCCAACCAAAAUGAGGGUGGAACGCUGGGCCUUUAACUUCAGCGAACUGAUCCGAGAUCCCAAGGGAAGACAGAGCUUCCAGUUUUUUCUGAAGAAAGAAUUCAGUGGGGAGAAUCUGGGAUUCUGGGAAGCUUGUGAAGAUUUGAAGUAUGGAGAUCAGUCCAAGGUCAAAGAGAAGGCCCAGGAAAUUUACAAGCUUUUUCUGGCUCCAGGAGCAAGGCGGUGGAUUAAUAUAGAUGGCAAAACCAUGGACAUCACAGUCAAGGGGUUGAAACACCCUCAUCGUUAUGUCCUUGAUGCUGCUCAAACUCACAUCUAUAUGCUCAUGAAAAAGGAUUCUUAUGCUCGAUACUUAAAGUCUCCAAUCUACAAGGAAAUGCUUGCCAAAGCCAUUGAACCUCAGGAGACAUCCAAGAGAAGUCUCCCCUUCAGGCGGCGUCAUCUCAAGUCCAGCCCAAGCCCUGUCAUCCUUCGGCAGCUGGAGGAAGAGGCCAAAGCUCGAGAGGCAGCCAAUACAGUGGACAUCACCCAGGUCAUGAGCAAACUGGACCGGAGAAGCCAACUCAAAAAGGAAAUUCCUCCUAAAUAAACUAAUAAUCAUAGAAGGGGAAGGGGUAUUCAAAGGGGCAGGGAAACUAAACAAAGUCACUGACCUGAAAUCCCUGGUGCACAUUAUUCCACUUCCCAUGCUCAGUGGGUUCUCUUCCUUUCCAGGUCCUUCCUCUCCCAUUGGCCAUGGACCACCACUAGUAUUACUAGGGCAACCAAAGCUAACUUCCCCACCCUUAUUUCAUAAAGUAGCAGAAUUAGAGGGUAAAAAGCUUGGACAUGGGAGAGACAUCUGACUCACAAUCACCAUGUAACAGCUUAUGUUAAGUUCUGGAAUGUAGGAAGUAAGAGAAAAGGGAUACUUUGAGUAGUAUUUCAACUAGAGAAACAUAGAAUUGGAAUCUUCCCUUCUCUUAAGCUAAGCUAUCUUAGGCACAUCAGUUAAAAGGUAAACCUGAAAUGUCCCUCACUCCUCCUAUCAUUCCACUUGGGCUACUCAAAUGAGAUUACUAGAAUAAUUUAGGGGUAAGGUGGGGGUAGUUGAGAGGUUCAGCAUUUGCUUUCUUUUCUGCUCCCACCUGCUCAGGGCUAUUUAACCCCUCCAGUUCUAGAUGAGCCACUUCUUUUCUACACUGUUCUUAAUUCAUUUCAACAAGCAUCUGUUAAAGAUUUACCGUAUGCAAGGGAGGCAGGCAGGGAGGAAGGGAACAAGCAUUUAUGUAGCACCUGCUACAUGCCAAGCAAGUGCUAGGUGCUUUGCAAAUAUUAUCUCAUUCGAUCCUCACAACAACCCUGCAAGAUUGGUGCUGUCAUUAUCUUCAUUUUAUAGUUGAGGGAACCAAGAAAAAUAGAGGUUAAGUGACUUGCCCAGGGUCACCCAGCUAGGAAGUGUCUGAGGCUGAAUUUGAACUCAGUCCUUCCUGACUUCAGGUCCAGUGCCCUAUUCACCAUGGCACCUACUUGCCUCAUAGUGCAAGUCACUAUGCUAAAUGCUGGGGAUGCAAAGACAAUUGCUAUUAAGGAGCCUGCAUUCUACCAUACACAAUUUUAGGGUCAAAAACAUUUGCAAGGAGUUAUUGGGAGUUUGUCUUCAGCACAAAACAGCUUGUAUGAAGUGUCCAUAGUUGUCAAGGCUAAAUUAAUACCCUCCCCCCUUUUUGUAUUUAGCAGCAACUUCUAGGCCAUUGAACAAAGGCAUGUUUUUACCUUCUUACCCAAAAGUAAGAGUUUUAGUAAUUCUUAAAAUGGACUGUUCUCUAGGAUAAUAACAUCCUGUGGAUCUAGACUUAGUCCAAGCAAUCAGAAGAGUGAAAAGUGAAAUGAACAUGCACAACAAUUAAAGAAAUAUCAUCUUUAAAGGCUUCUUAGUAAUUGACACUGGGCAGGGCUAUGUAGCAAUGACUUUGCUGAAGAUUCAGGUAGAUGGAUGACAGGAAAAAAGUAGGUUGAUUGAAUGAAUCCUCUAAUUAUAGUUAGUGAUAAUCCCAAUAGACCAGCAUUAGCCAAACCAGAAUAUAGGUAAUUCUUUUGAUCUUUUUAAGCUUAACUAUGAUUUUAUCCUUCUGGUUUUUCCCCUGCUGUACCUUUAGUGCUUAUGCUAAUUGUCAGGUGAGAAAGGAAGGUAACCCAACUUUCAUGACUGGAAGGCUAAUGCCAAGAAUGAGCUAAUAAUUUCUACAAGGACACUAAGAAGGCAAAUUAAAAAGUUGAGAAUGGGGUCAACCUUUUUAUAUGUGUGUGGCCAUUGGUUUCAUGAUGAUGAAAUGUCCCCAGACAUUGCUCACCUCACUUUUAUCAAAGUAUUCUUUUCUUAGAAAACACUGAUGAGUGGACACUGAUGGGUGCUGGCAGCCCAGCAGUAAUCCCUGCUACUGAGGAUGCUGAGCCUACUGGAUCUCUUGAGCUUGUGGAUUAAUCUGAUUGGUAUCUGGGAAUAAAUCCAGCUUCAAUAUGGUGAGCUCUCUGAAACUGGGGACCACCAGUUGCUCAAGAACGGGUUAAUCAGAUCUAAAAAUGGAGCAGUAGUGAGAUUGGGCCUGUGAGUGGCCCUUGAACUUUCAGCCUGGGCAAAAUGAGGAGAUCAAAUCUUUAAAAAAAAAAAAAGAAAAGAAAAAACCUCUAAAAUGUAUAGCUAGAUAAGUUCUAUUCUCCUCUCCUGUGAAGAACAAGGAAGUUCUCAUGCAAACUGAUACUGUCCUCAUUUAUGACAGCUUUUUGGACUUGUGAUUUAUAUUCAUCAAAAACUUCUAGAGAAAAAAUUCCUUCUACCAAUUCCAAAGGUAUUUGUAGUAUGGUAUCAUAUGGUACCAUAUGGAUAGAUAGAUAGAUAGAUAUAGAUAUAGAUAUAGAUAUAGAUAUAGAUAUAGAUAUAGAUAUAGAUAUAGAUAUAGAUAUAGAUAUAGAUAUAGUACCAUAGUAUUAUACUACCACAAUUUUUCUGCAAUUUAUAGUCUUAAUAAGUAUCCUGGAGGCACCAAAAUGGUAUAGAUAUCCUAUGUGCCCAUGAUAGCACAGCUCCAGAAUUUGAACUCAAGACUUCAUGACCCUAAGCCUAGUUCUCUCUAUAUCAUGUUGCCUCUCAUGACAGCUUUACCCCCAGAUGAUUCCUGGUCCUGAAUUUAUGCAGUUAGCAAAAUAGGGGAGAAUCAAGCUUAUUGUCUAAAUACUAGAAAUCUGAAGAAGAGUGUUUGGACUGUAGUCUAGAACUGUAAGAAAGAAGAGAAAAAGGUUCCUAUCUCUUUAUUCAUACUCUUGUUACCUACAGAUUUUUUUUUUGUAGGGUAAGGGUGAGAAUCUGUGCUUGGAAGGAAUAGGAGGCCAAUCCUAUGAAUUCUGUUUCCAUGAAUUCAAGAAACCAUUUUUAGGCAGCCAUUAAAAUUUUAGCCAAUUGUGUCUCUGGGAGAGACCCGGGAGUAUCCAUGGAGAUUACAGGAAAGGCUUAACUCUAGAAACUUUGGUCUCUGAAUAUUGCUUUUGAUAGUGAGCUUUUAGAAAUACAUUAUCGGGGCAGCUAGGUAGCACAGUGGAUAAAGCACCAGCCCUGGAUUCAGGAGUACCUGAGUUCAAAUCCGGCCACAGACACUAGCUGUGUGACCUUGGGCAAGUCACUGAACCCCCAUUGCUCCGCAACCCCCCCCCAAAAACAAACAAAAAAAAGAAAUACAUUAUCUAUUGCCUUCUGGUUAGCUUAUUUUCUGUUACUUUUAACCCAAUAAGUGUUUAUUGAGCACCUCUUAAGUGCAAAGCACUGUGCAAAGUUGUGGGCAUAUAAAAUCAAAAUUAAAACCAGUCCCUUCUCAUGAGGGGCUUAAAUUCUACUGGGGUAGGAUCAAUGUAGCAAAAUGUACACACACACACACACAC